AUGAACGCUAAUGUGAGCCCGGCUUAUGCCAAAAAGUUGCAGGCGAGAGGUAAGUCCCCUGGUUGGGCUGCCUUUGACCUCAAGCAGCGUCAGGAACAAAGUCUUCAACUUCAACAAGUCGGCGAUGAUCCUUUUCCACCUCUACCAACCACGAGCACCACCUCUAUUCGAUCCUGUGGAAACCCACCGAGCAACAAUGGUUUUUUUGCAGGGUCUUGUUCAUCUAAACCUGCUUUUGCCGUCAAUCGUCUUAAAGAACUUCACAGCUGGGCUGACGAAAGCUUGAUCGAGGAUGUCAUGGCCUCUGUGAAUAAUGAUACUGAUAAGGCCACAGUUUUCUUAAAAGAGAUGAUUUCUACUGACAACUGCGAGGAAAAUGGGGAAGCAAACUAUUUCUCUAACUGUGAAGAUGAGAGUGUUUUGACCUCAGACCUUGCUGCAGAGACAGCUGAUCUGAGCUCUACUCUAGAGGAUUCUCUUCAUGCUGCUACAAACACUAAACUAAAUCUGGGGCACUUGAGAUCCUCUCCUGUUGAGCCUGAAUGGGAACAGCAAGAUGUUUACUUGAACCAUCGAAGAAACGCACUAAGGAUGAUGAGGUUAGCAGCUCGGCAUUCCAGAGCAGUCACUAAUGCCUUUCAGAGAGGAGAUCAUUUUUCUGCCCAACAGCACUCAUCAAAGGCUCGUAAGGAAUGGUUGGAUGCUGAAAGACUCAAUGCUAAGGCAGCUAAGCGAAUUCUGACUAUAACAAACAGUGAAAAUAACCCAUGGAAGUUGGAUUUGCAUGGUCUUCAUGCAGCAGAAGCUGUUAAAGCCUUGCAAGAACAUCUAAAUAAAAUUGAGACACUCCUUCCAAGGGAUCAACCAGUAUCACCAGGUAGAUUCAAGACACUUGAGCCCUUUAGUAGCAUAGACAUGGAAAACUUGGAUAAACAACAGACAGGAUCUAGGCAUAGAACAGCUUCAUUACUAGUGAUCACAGGUGUAGGAAAUCACAGUCGGGGUGAAGCUGCAAUCCCAACAGCAGUGAGAAGUUUCCUUAGUGAAAACAGAUAUCACUUUGAUGAAGCAAGGCCUGGUGUAAUUUCUGUUCGCGCCAAAUUCCGUCACCCACGAAUGAUCAGUUAA